CCCCAAAAUAUCAUCAUUAUCAACAAAACAUGCCGCAAAUCGAGAUACUUUCGCGUAGAUAAUAUUAAUUAAUCGUUCUUACGUUAUUCACUCGAAUAUAAAAUACACACAAAUCCAAUCUCAUGCCUACUUUAAAUAGCCAUCUCUCCCACCACCAGAUUUCUAUUAUUAGGAACUCGGAGGACUUCGGAGCCGCCAUUAAUGGCUAGAGCUUUCCCCAAACUCAUCGUCCUCUUAGCCAUCUUAAGUACCUUCUUCAAUAUUGCCCAGAGCGAAUCUCAUGGCUUCUCUAGUACUCUAACGCUGCUGGGGUCCAAGCGGCUUAAGCUUGAGAAGAUGAGCCACCUUCACUUCUACUUCCAUGACACUAUUGGUGGUUCUAACCCAACUGCCAUUAGGGUUGCUGAAGCACCAUCAACCAAAACAUCACCUACAGUUUUCGGUGCCGUGGUGAUGAUGGAUGACCCAUUGACGGAGAGGCCAGAAUCUAUAUCGAAGCUGGUAGGAAGAGCUCAGGGGUUCUACGCUUUAGCAUCACAGAGCGAGCUGGCUCUCUUAAUGAACCUUAAUUUUGUUUUCAUGGAAGGAAAGUACAAUGGGAUCACAAUUAGCAUAUUAGGAAGAAACGCAGUUUUCUCAGAUGUGAGGGAGAUGCCGGUGGUCGGAGGAAGUGGACUUUUCCGGUUAGCCCGGGGCUAUGCUCUUGCCAAGACUCACUCGUUCGACACCACAACCGUAGUGGUUGAGUAUAAUGUCUAUGUCAUUCAUUACUGAUGUGUAUAUGUAUCCAUGAUGACCAUGAUGAUGAUGUACAUAUUUUAUUUUCUUUAUUUUAAGAUGAGAAAAUUGCAUUGCCACC